AUGGCGAUGAUGAUGGCUGGCCGUGUGCUGCUGGUGUGUGCCCUCUGCGUGCUGUGGUGCGGUGCCGGCGGUGGCUACGCGUGGGAUUUCAACAACGAAUCGGUGAAUGAAUAUUAUUACGGAGCAAACGGUACAUACUGCAGGCUCAACAGCAGCAUCUUCUCUUUUUGCGAAGAAAAAAGAAAUGCAAGCAAACGCCAAGAAGCCGCUUUACCGAAGAGUACAGUUCAGAGCGGGACUGGGAGUGACCAAUCGGAAGCCGGUGAUUCCUCUGAGGGGCAGGACAACAGUUCGGAGAAAAAUGAUACGGAUGAUUCGAAAAAAACAGACGCAGGCCCACAGGAAUCACAACCGCCGAAUGCGAACGUAACAGAAACACCAACACCAGCAACAGUCACCGCCGCUCAAACAAGUGCCACGAGGACGCCUGACGAGAGUGACGGCAGCCCCGCGGCCUCCCACACCACCUCCCCUCUUCUGCUUUUUCUUAUUGUGUGUGCGGCUGCUGCUGCGGUGGUGGCCGCGUGA